AUGAUUGAUCCACGUUUCGCCGCUCCAGGCGGUAUCCCUAUCGCGCCAGGCUAUGGUGCACAGCAAGUACCUGCUCAAUAUCAUCAUCAUCGUCAUCAUCGUCACCACAAACAUAAAGUCCGCAAUGAUGCUUCACCAAUAAGCCUUGAUGAAUCCAUUCAUAAAGUAGAGCAUGGUCAUCGUCAUCAUCAUUUUCAACAAAAUGACGGCGUGCAAUUGGCAGGAGGAUAUGGCGUUCCAUAUGCAACUAAUGGAUACCAUCAGCAACAACAACAACAACAACAGCAGCAACAAUUUGGUGCCCAUCCUUACGGUUAUGGGAAUCAAUACCAAGCUGCUGCAUAUGGCCAAGUCCCAUAUGGCGUUGGUCAAUUAGGACAGACAGUGAAGCGUCGUCGACGUCACCAUCGUCAUCACCGUCACCAUACAGCCGAUGGUACUAAUCCAGGAUCCAAUGGCGAACAUGAACAAGCAGUGCCUGAACAACUGAUCGGUCAACGUUCAUCAAGUGUCUUAGGUGACGAAGAUCAACCAGUACGUUCACCGGCACCUACAAACGACGAAAAGGCUAGCGAAGGACAAGCUGUUCAUCAUCGACAUCGCCGACACCAUCGUCGCCAUCACCAUCAUCACAAUAAUAAUAAUAACGAGGAACAAGCUAGUUAUGGAUAUUCACACCAAUCGCGUUAUGGCUAUAGUAGCAAUACAGUUGGCGCAGAUGGUUAUGGCCAUAUUAAUGAAGACUUGAUUUUUAUCGAGCGUGGUGAUCAUAGUCCACAUCGUCAAGAACCUCCUGCUGGCUAUGAAUAUAAAGGCAAAAUCGAAGUUCAAGGCAUAAAUAAAGAAGCUCAAUCUACAUCUCGUGCUGGCCUAAAUGUACAACCACCACCGCAAAUGCCAGUACAUCAACCGAUUCCACCACCAGCAAGUUUGGGCCCAUGCCCACCUGGUUGGCAGCAGAUGAUCUUAUCGCCUGCUCCUGGCGGCCCGUGCCCAGCUGGCGGAUUGCCAUAUACUGGCCAACUCAUUGGACCUUCGCCCGCAGCACCACCACCAAGUAGUGCAUAUGGCACCUAUGGAUCGAGCAAUCAUUAUUCAUCUCAAUGUCAAAUUGUAGCAGAUUACAUUUUUGGACCGAAUUCAGCAGCCAGUACAAGCGGAUAUCAACAAUCCAAUGUCGCUGGCUGUACUGAUCAAUAUCAAAAUCAACAAGCAUUAGAGCAUACUACUACCCGUCCAACUAUAAUCGAAGUCUGGCAGAAACGAACGAAGUCCGAAACACGUGAAAGAUCACGUUCAAGAUCGCAUCAUCGUUCACGUACUCCAGCUGAAGGUCCUGGAUUUGAUUUUGAUCGAUUUCGUGACGAAAUUCUUGCCGCUAUCGAACGAAUUGUACCACGUGGAGGAGGAGCACCCGAUAUUCAAUGGGUUGGCCGCGAUGGUGGCACCCAAACUCAAAUUCAUCCAGGUGAAACGAAAAUUGAAGAACGCCGACCAACAGGUGGUUCAGGCGAAGUACGCGUUAUCGUACAACCAAUUCAACCAGUCUUCUAUAUGCCACGCCAAACUGGUGGAACACCAACACCUGGUGCUGGCCCUGUUCCUGUUCAAGCCACAGGCGGUGCUCCCAAUGUCGUCUAUGUUCCACGUAAUGUUUAUGUGCCAGUUAUUAAACCCGUUUUUGUUCCACGUGAACGUGUUAUCGUACGUCCUCAAGUCAUACAUGUUGCACGUCCUGUACUUGUCGACCGACCUGUUCCCGUCACGCAACGACCUAUUAUUAUCGAUCGUGAAAAACCCAUUCCUGUGCCAGUCCGUGAAGGCCAAACAGCUGUGCAAGGCGGUGGUUCAAAAGUUGUUCGAGAAGAAUAUGUUUAUCGAGACAAUGUACCUGUUGCAUACGGAGGCCGCUGUGCUGAGUUCGCUGGCGGUGUCAAUUAUGGUUACAUGCCUACACAACAAGAACAUCAAUAUGCUACUAGUUCAACACAUGAAGUGUCAAAUAUUUAUCAAUCACAAGGAGCAGGCGUCAAUGUGAAUAUCCCAAAUGAAUAUCAACAUAGUCAAUCAAGUUCUCAUGUCGAAGUUCAACAGGGCUGCGAAGGAAGUCUUCAUGGUUCGUUUUCGAACUUAGCGGGUCAACAAGCCCAACAAUACGCAUCAAGUUCGACACAUGAAGUCGCAGGUGGUAUUGGUAUCGGCGGCGGUGGUGGCAGUUUUCAUGGUUCCUAUUCCAAUUUAUCUGGAAUUAAUAACGCAACUGCUGUUAACGUUGCUCAACGUAACCAAGAAGUUCUUCGGCAAACUUUCGAACAAUCUGCUCAAGCAGCAGGUGUUCCUCCUCAUUGUCCAACACAAAUCGAAGUGCUCGAUACAGCUGUCAACCCAUUCUGGCAAAAAACAGAUCAGCCAACAUUGAUGCGUCGUUACGGACGUCCAGCGUUCGAAAUUGUUCAUAAGAGUGAAGAAGUUGAGCAACAAAUGUAUAGCGAACUUCGUCAACGAGAGAGCAGUGCCAACAUUUUAAGAUCAGCUUCAGCUGCUAGCUACGGUUCAGGUUCUGGUAUAGGACUUGGUGGUAAUGGUAUUGCUCAAUAUUAA